AUGGAGAAUCAAGAGUUUCGAAACUACCAACCUACGAAACCGAGAAUCAUUUCGAUGAAGAGGAUGAUGAACUUUGAAGAUGCAAAUUUGAAGAAUGAAGAGGGCGUGAAGAUCUGUGGUAUGAAGGUGAUGAAGAAACAUGAGAGUGAAUGCAGGGAGAGGAAGAAGAGGGAAUUUCAGAGAAUUUUUCUGCAUAUCUUUCAGUAUGUAGGUAUACAAGCACUGCAUAUUGGUGAGCCGCUUGCAGGUUGGUCGGUGCGUAGCUUGAAUGGUGAAACGGUUAUGGACAUGAGACUUGCCAUGGUCACGUUGAUGUUAGCAUGA